AUGGAACCGGAGCCGACCAUUAGCGCUCUCCUCAAGGCUGUCACAGCCCUCACAGCCACAGUCGGGUCCCUACAGGACCAAAUCCGCAACCAAGGCCAACAGCUCACUGAGCUCAAAGCCAUAUGCAAGGAGACCGCCAACUUACUCGGCAACAAGGAUCAAGGAGCCCCUCAAGCCCAGCCUGGCCCAUCGACUGGGCCUAUCACCCCUCCGACCCACUCAGGAGGGGAAGUCCACACUCCAGGCACGGUUAGGCCUGGACUCAAGGCCCCGUUCCGACCCUCUAGAGGAACGGGCUAUGACACAGAAGAGGAAGAGGAACCCAAGCGAGCCCCAAAGAAAGAGCCUUGCGGAAUGCCUAGGAGUCUGAGCUCCCUUACCCCCUUUGAUUCAGGGUCCAGCGUAAAGCAACCCAAGAUGGAUCUCCCUGACCCAUACAAAGGAGAUUCCAGGGGAAGAAAGGCCACCCAGUGGCUAGACCGUAUGCUACUUUGGGUGGCACUUCAUCAAGAUCAAUUCAAUGAAGAAGAGCAGAUGGUUGUGUGGAUACUUUACCACAUGACAGAUAAGGCAGCCAAUUGGGCGCUCCCCCUCAUAGGGGCCAUCAUCAAGGGCAAGGGCAACCCGCCAACCACUAUCCCGGCCUUAACGGCCAAAUUCAAGGAGGUGUUUGCGGACCCCAAUGCCAAGAGGGCAGCCGCCAGGAAGAUUGCCGCACUAACUCAGACCACAACCACGGCUGAGUACGUAACCAAGUUCCGCAAUCUUAUGGCGGAACUUGACUGGAACACUGAGGCGUUCAUUGCCCAGUUCACACGCGGUCUUCACUGGAAGGUGAAGGAACUCCUGUCCACCAAAGACAACAUCCCGGACAAUGAUCUUGAGGCUAUAUUUGCCGCCUUGGUCAAAAUUGACAACAUUUGUUGGGAAAACAAGGAGAACCAACCCAAGAAGGCCCCCGCUAAGUCCCCGGCUACCGUAGCCACCACUUCCACCACCACCACUCAACGGGUCCAAUUAUCAGAGGACCCUAACUAUGUAACACCGGAAGAAAGGGAUCGCCGCCGCGCGUCUGGCCUCUGUGUCAAGUGUGGCCAAAAGGGACAUGGCAUUAAACAGUGCCCCAACGGCUGGAAAGCUACAAUCAAGGAGGCUGCCAAAAUUGGACAGGAAGAAUCGGAAAAAGAGUGA